AGGAUCAGCUGUUGGGGACCAGAGGAAGAGGAAGGGGCGGAGCUGCUUUGCGGCUGGCCGCCGGGCCGUCAGCCGACCACAGCGAAGGGUAAUCAGGUGUCCCCAGCGCCGCCCAGGGCCCUGAGGGCCAGCCCGGGCCUAGGCUGGGGGCCCUGGACAGGCGAACCGGGCCUGUCUAGGAAGCCCAGCAAUGCCCCGCCACGGAGUGUCAUCCUGCCAGAGCCACCCCAGGUCCCGCCGGGAGCAGGGACUGGACAGCUCCUCGGGAGCCCCCCGACUCCUUUGGGUGGGCCUGGGCCUGGCGCUGGCGCUGGCUCUGCCUGACUCCCUGGUUCUGUGGGCCCCGGCGGCAGCCCACCCUCUUCCUGCCCGAGGCCAUCCUGCCACGUUAAAUUCCAUAGUGCCCCAGCUCCGGGAUGCCUUUGGGUGGCAGAAUCUCACCUGCCCAGCCUGCAAAGUCCUAUUUACAGCCAUCGACUUCGGGCUGAAGAAGGAGCCCAGUGUGGCCCGGGUGGCCUCCAUGGCCAUCAAGCUGUGCAAGCUGCUAAAGAUAGCACCACCCACUGUGUGCCAGUCAGCUGUCCAGCUUUUUGAGGAUGACAUGGUGGAGGUGUGGACACGCUCAGUGCUGCUCCCAUCUGAAGCCUGUGGCCUGCUCCUGGGCUCCACCUGCGGACAUUGGGACAUCUUCUCGUCUUGGAACAUCUCUUUGCCAGCCACGCCGAAGCCACCACCCAAGCCACCCAACCCCCCAGCCCCUGGCGCCCCUGUCAGCCGGGUCCUCUUCCUCACUGACCUGCACUGGGAUCAUGACUACCUGGAGGGCACAGACCCUAACUGUGCGGACCCACUGUGUUGCCGCAGGGGCUCUGGCCUGCCACCGAACUCCCAGCCAGGUGCUGGAUACUGGGGCGAGUACAGCAAGUGUGACCUGCCCCUGAGGACCCUGGAAAGCCUGUUGAGUGGGCUGGGCCCCGCUGGCCCUUUUGAUAUGGUGUACUGGACAGGAGACAUCCCCGCCCAUGACAUCUGGCAACAGUCUCGACGGGACCAGCUGCGGGCCCUGACCACCAUCACAGCCCUCGUGAGGAAGUUCCUGGGGCCAGUGCCAGUGUACCCUGCUGUGGGCAACCAUGAAAGCACGCCUGUCAAUGGCUUCCCUCCCCCCUUCAUCAAGGGCAACCAUUCCUCCCGCUGGCUCUAUGAGGCAAUGGCCAAGGCAUGGGAGCCCUGGCUGCCUGCUGAAGCCCUUCGCACCCUCAGAAUUGCGGGGUUCUAUGCCCUUUCCCCACGCCCUGGCCUCCGCCUCAUCUCUCUCAAUAUGAAUUUUUGUUCCCGUGAGAACUUCUGGCUCUUGAUCAACUCCACAGAUCCUGCAGGACAGCUCCAGUGGCUGGUGGGGGAGCUUCAGGCUGCUGAGGACCGAGGAGACAAAGUGCAUAUAAUUGGCCACAUUCCCCCAGGGCACUGCCUGAAGAGCUGGAGCUGGAAUUAUUACCGAAUUGUAGCCAGGUAUGAGAACACCCUGGCUGGACAGUUCUUUGGCCACACUCAUGUGGAUGAAUUUGAGGUAUUCUAUGACGAGGAGACUCUGAGCCGGCCGCUAGCUGUAGCCUUCCUGGCGCCCAGUGCCACCACCUACAUCAACCUCAAUCCUGGUUACCGAGUCUACCAGAUAGAUGGAAACUACUCCGGGAGCUCUCACGUGGUCCUGGACCAUGAGACAUACAUCCUGAACCUGACACAAGCUAACGUGCCCGGAGCCACGCCGCACUGGCAGCGCCUCUAUAGGGCCCGAGAGACCUACGGGCUGCCCAACGCACUGCCUGCCGCCUGGCAUGACCUGGUAUAUCGCAUGAGAAGCGACACGCAACUCUUCCAGACCUUCUGGUUUCUCUACCAUAAGGGCCACCCGCCCUCGGAGCCCUGCGGCGCGCCCUGCCGCUUCGCUACUCUGUGCGCCCAGCUCUCCGCCCGCGCCAACAGCCCUGCUCUUUGCCGCCACCUGGUGCCGCAUGAGAACCUGCUUGAUGUUCAGAGCCUGUGGCCGCAGCGGCUGUUCUGCUAGGGCCCCAGGGCCCGGAAUUGGGAAAGUUCUUUCUAGGAGGCAAAGCCCCAGAAUGCUGCUGUGGUUUAACCUGUCUGGUGGAAGAGCCCAUCCCUGGGCCCCAAGUACGCCGGGAAACUGGACCUUCUCCUUUCCUGGAGCUGGUUUAGCUGGAUGUGGGAAGGGACGGCUGCUCUGUGCCCAGUAUCUAAACUGCCUUGGAGCUGCUGUCCUUCAUGGCCCUGGAGCCGAGGCCUAAACUGACACUGCCCUGGGCAGACCAGACAGGAGCUGUUACCCCAGGCCUGUGCUGUCCAGCCAGGAACCCGGUACUGCUCCUGCGGCCUGGUCCUGCCAGGCUGUUAAAAUAAAGAUAAGAGACUAGGACUCCAGACCCCUC